CCGGCAGAGAGGGUGGGCGCGCGGCGCUGGAGACGACGCCAUUUCCGGUGGCUGCUGGGGGUAACUCGUGGUCUGGGGACGGCUCGCGGCAGGCAGGACGCUGGUAGCCGAUUCACCGUCGCCAUGGCAUCCCUUUCCCUAGCACCUGUGAAUAUUUUCAAGGCAGGAGCUGAUGAAGAAAAAGCAGAAACUGCUCGAUUGUCAUCCUUCAUUGGUGCCAUUGCCAUUGGAGACCUGGUUAAGAGCACUCUGGGACCUAAAGGCAUGGACAAGAUUCUUCUAAGUUCUGGAAGAGAUGGCACAGUAACAGUAACCAAUGAUGGUGCAACCAUCCUUAAAUCUAUUGGAGUUGACAACCCAGCUGCCAAGGUUUUGGUUGACAUGUCAAUGGUUCAAGAUGACGAGGUUGGUGAUGGAACUACAUCUGUAACUGUACUAGCAGCUGAAUUACUCAGGGAGGCAGAAUCAUUGAUUUCUAAGAAGAUUCAUCCUCAAACGAUCAUUGCAGGUUGGAGAGAAGCUACAAAAACAGCAAGAGAGGCCCUCUUGAAAUCUGCAGUGGAUCAUGGAGAUGAUGAAAUAAAGUUCCGUGAAGACUUAAUGAACAUUGCAGGAACCACAUUAUCCUCAAAACUACUUACUCAUCAUAAAGACCACUUUACUAAACUAGCAGUGGAAGCUGUUCUUAGACUGAAAGGAUCUGGUAAUUUGGAAGCUAUCCAUAUUAUCAAGAAACUAGGUGGAAGUCUGGUGGACUCUUACUUAGAUGAAGGCUUUCUGCUAGACAAAAAGAUUGGCGUCAACCAGCCCAAAAGAAUUGAAAAUGCAAAGAUACUUAUUGCAAACACUGGCAUGGAUACAGAUAAAAUUAAGGUCUUUGGCUCUCGUGUAAGAGUGGAUUCGACAGCAAAGGUAGCAGAAAUAGAACAAGCCGAAAAAGAAAAAAUGAAAGAGAAGGUUGAACGCAUUCUUAAGCAUGGAAUAAAUUGCUUUAUUAACAGGCAACUGAUUUAUAACUACCCUGAACAGUUGUUUGGUGCUGCUGGUGUUAUGGCCAUUGAACAUGCAGACUUUGCAGGCGUGGAACGUCUGGCACUCGUCACAGGUGGUGAAAUUGCCUCAACCUUUGAUCACCCAGAGCUGGUAAAACUAGGAAGCUGUAAGCUCAUUGAAGAGGUUAUGAUUGGAGAAGAUAAGCUCAUUCACUUCUCUGGUGUAGCUAUGGGUGAAGCUUGCACCAUAGUUCUGCGUGGAGCAACCCAGCAGAUUAUAGAUGAAGCUGAAAGAUCUUUGCAUGAUGCUCUCUGUGUUCUUGCUCAAACUGUGAAAGAUACCCGAACUGUCUAUGGUGGAGGUUGCUCAGAGAUGCUGAUGGCUCAUGGUGUCACAGAGCUUGCCAACAGAACACCAGGCAAAGAAUCUGUUGCAAUGGAGUCUUUUGCGAAGGCCUUGAGAAUGAUCCCGACCAUUUUAGCUGAUAAUGCUGGCUAUGACAGUGCAGAUCUAGUGUCACAACUCAGAGCUGCUCACAGUGAAGGGAAAACAACGUAUGGACUUGAUAUGAAGGAUGGUGUCAUUGGAGACAUGGCUACCCUGGGAAUAACUGAAAGCUUCCAAGUCAAGAGACAAGUUCUGCUGAGUGCAGCGGAAGCAGCAGAAAUGAUUCUUCGUGUGGAUGACAUUAUUAAAGCAGCACCAAGGAAACGUGUACCAGACCAUCACCCAUGUUAACUAUUCAACCCAUAAAGACUUGAGGACCAGAUCUCGCCAAAUACUUAAAGCAAAACACACACACAAGAAAAGAAAAAGAAAAGAGAACCUCCUGAAAGGUUAUGGAACAGAAGCUGACAGUGAUAGUGUAUGUUGUCAUUGCAUGUACUGCAGAUUUAACUUAUUUAGUUUUUGUGCUUGAAAAAAGGCAUUUUACAUUCAAAUAAAACAUGGGUUGUAUGCAA